GAGAGAGAGAGCUAGUUUUAUCUUGAUUAGUUCUUCUUGUUGUUGUUGGAUCAUUAUGUGAUUAACCAUUAUGUGCGGUCACAAAUCUGCCAUAUAUUUAGUGUUCUAGAGAUUACAAAGGUCCAGUUGCUGAAGACAUGUUUCAUUGGCAAGCUACAAUAAUGGGUCCUGCAGAGAGUCCGUAUUCAGGGGGUGUGUUUCUCGUUACCAUUCACUUCCCUCCCGAUUAUCCUUUCAAACCACCAAACUGUAGUAAAGUUAGCUUUUGAAAUGCCUCAAGGAAUCAAUGGCCUUAGAUCAAAGUUCAUAGUAAAGUCCUGCAGUAGAUGAUGACGGAGAUUGUUUUUCUCCCUUGGCGCUGAAUGCGACCUCCGUAAACGUUGAAGUCUAUUAUAACAAAGCUGUGAACUAUACAUUGAUGGUCACUUUUGUCUCGUUCCUACAGGUUCUUUUGUUGAUCCGACAAAUGGAGCACAGUAACACACAAUCCGGUGCUGCAAAGGUCUCUAUAGUAAUGAUCGGGUAACAAGCCAUCAUGGAUUCUUAUUUAUGCCUUUUACAUCUCACAGCUGGGAUUUUAGUUGGUAUGUAUUUUAUAAAAUAAUCUCACACUUGUGUUUCCUCUUUGUUUAGAUGGUAAUCUUAUGUUAUAACAAUGUUAAUGUUAAUUUUUGUAACUUUUAAAAUAUUAUUAUUUUAUUUGGGGGACCAAAUACAAAUAGACACCAAUCUUCAUACUAAAAAUAAGAACCUUUCAAAAUAAUACUUUUAAAUUUGGGGGACCAAAAAUUGUCCCUAACCAAUGCCCAUGCUCUUAGAUUUUUUCUUUUGUUUUACUUUAUUUUUUGGCAUAAAAAAACUAAGAAUCAGGGGUUGAACCCCCCGAUAAACAAGGUCUAAGUCUCUUUCUUUCCUCUGUUUUUUGAAGCGUUAGGUAAGGGUUUGUUUCUGCAACUCUUGUGUCUUCUUGGCUUUUUGUAUUGUGAUUAUCUUUGUAGAUGAAGAAGAAAAGGGAGAAACGUAGUAUUAAAUCAGACGGCACUUUCGAUAUGGUUCAUCGUCAUGGCGAAUUCUCAGACAAGUUAAUAAACCUCAUCUCUGCAAGAUUCUAUCUGUAUGAUGAGGAUACAGAGAAGAAGUGGUUUCAAGGUCUUAGCAAGGCAGGAAAAGCUGAUGCUAAAAGAGAAACAAUUGAAAACUUAAAGAAGGCAAAGAGAGAUAGGUUUGACCCUGAAAAGUCUGUUUUGACCACUCUUGAUUUGCAGAAACAGAAGCUGGAGAAGGAAAAGGAAAAAUCCGGUAAUGAGACAGAUACUAUAAAGCCAAUGUUUCGUGGCUUGCAAGAAAACGAUACGUUUGAGAAGAUGAGACAACGUCGUCUUGAGAAUAAUAAGAGGAAGAGAGGCUCGGCUUCUGAGGAGUUGAAUGUUGUUGAAGAAGCUGUGAAGGAUCUUACAUAUGGUUAUGUCAAGAUUGGGGACGAUAAUGAUGAGGAAUACGGGAAGAACAGAAAGAAAAAGAGAGUUUCUAAGGCGAAAGAGCUUGAAAUGGCGAUUGAGUUGAAGAGUUUAAAGAAAGAUCCAGAGAAUGGGGAUGUUGUUGCAAAGAAACACUCAUGGCAAGCGGCUAUUAAGAGAGCUGCUGGUAUCAAAGUUCGCGAUGAUCCAAAGCGGUUGAAGCAGAGAAUCCGAAAGGAAAAGAAGAGGCGCGAGAAGAGCGCGGAGAAGUGGAAGGAAAGAGUUGAAGUGCAACAGAAGGUUAGGGUGGAGAUGUUGACAUAAGCUUGAAGAUAGCUUGAAGUGCAAGCUAUACUAAUCCUACCGAGUUAUGGAAUUAGGAUUAAUUCUAUUUAGGAGUUAUCUAAAUAUGUUAGUUUGCCAGUUUAGAAUAGGAAAGUUGUUAGCUCUAGGGUUGAGCCAUUGUUAUAAAUACCAAGAGAGCGUUUCAUAGACAGGUGCGCGUCUUAGGUAUUAUUGAGAGAUGCAUACAAGGUGUGUGGCGUUGUCCCAUCAAUAGGAUAGAGAGAUCCGUUGAUGGUAUUAUUGAAGUUCUACUUCUACUUAAUAAAUUCUGGACUUGGUCCCGGGGAUGUAGGUUAUCCGAACCUCGUUAACAAAGCUUGUGUCUUGUUUACUUUUAUGCUCUUACAUACCGUUCUCGCACUUAAACAUAUAUAUCUAAGCCACAUAUAUGUGCUUUAUUUGGUAUCAGAGCCUAACUAAUCAAGGUUCGAUAGAGAUCUGUUCUUGACUUAUUGUUUCGGGUGUGAUCCUGGGUUUGUGGCUGUGAAGAGUUAAGGUUGGUGACGAGAGCCGUGAGAUAUUACAAUCACGAAGAAAGACACGAAGAACCUCACAUAAGAGAACUAGUUAGAGAUAACAGAAGUCGCUGCAGAGUUAUGGUCUAAUGAAUAUCUCAGGGAAUAGAUGUUGAGUUCGCCGACAAGUUCUAGCCUUAUCGUGUUCUUCUUUCCAGUAUGAAAAAAAAAAAAAAGUCAUUGAUGAAGAAAGAAGUUUAGUAUAAUGGAAGGGGUUUGAGACUCAUGACCAAUCUCUAUUGUAGGUAAUAAAACAGGCCCAUGAAAGCCUUACUUUGAUGAGAAUGUGUUCACUUAAGAGAGACAUUGAGAGGUCUCUUCAUUGUGCAAAGAAAGCUUGAGGAACGGAGCCGAGGAGAGAGUGAGCACAAAAGGCUGAAUGAAGAUGAAAAAAACAAAAAAAAAUCAAGGGUCUCUCAGCUCGAAAUCAUCUUGUUUAUCCUUGGUCUGCCAAUUCGGAAAAGUCACUAAAAUUGUCUGUUGUUAUUGAUGAUGAAGAUUUAGUGGUAGUUGUGUUAUGGUCGUUAAUGGUAUCAAUAUGGAAGAGAAAUUCACAGCUAGAAAUCAAGUGAGUUAAAGAGAAUUGAGCUUUGGGUGUCUAGGAUUCGAAAUCCUGAUAAACUUGAGAUGUUCUGCGACCACUAGAAAGGAACCAUGUCGGAGACUCCGCAGAAAAAAUUGCAGGGAGUUAAAGAUGUCAGAGGACGGGAUUAGAAUUGUAUUGAGGAAGCAUAGAUGAAAAGAGGAUCAACGAGGGUAUGAUCUUAAAUUGUGGUUACAAGGAAGAAAAAAAAUCUCUGAUUUUAACGUAAACGUGAGAAGAAACCAGUAGUAAUAAAAGUUGGGUUAAGAAGUUCGUGAAAUCCAGAGUAAUGUCUGAUUCUGGAAAUAAAGGGAGCCAUCAUGAGUCACUAGCUGAUGUUUGGUUAAAGUGAAGAAGAAGAAGAUAUCAUAUUAUGGAUUUCAAAAAAAAAGAAAGGUUGGAUAAUUUGGUUGAUUAUAUUGAAUCUUCUACAAGAAUCAGUGGGAAAGAUUGAGAGUUUUUCUUCCUCAUUGGAGGUUGUCAAGGGAUAUGAGAGGAAUUUCAUAGUGGAGAAAGUCAUUAAUUGAAGUCAAGUCCGAAUGUCAUCUGAAAAGAAUUUAUAAGUCUUAAGCUCAA